GUACCUUUAUAAUUUCUAGUUAAAAAUAUGUAUAAUAUAUUCAAAUCUUUUUUAAUCUUGUAUUUUUAAGUAUAUUAUGUGAGAUAUUAAAAUUUAAGAGUUGUUAAACUAAGAAAUAAAUAUCUUUUUUUUAAUCAAUCAAAAAAGAAAAUUGAACAAAUCUCUAUCUCUAUUAUAUUAAAAGUGUGAAGGGCCUUAUAAAUCUCAUUUGAACUUUUUGUCCUUCAUUAAAAAACCUUUCUUUUAGACAAAAUUAUUCUUUUGUCUUUUGAAUUACAAAAUUUAGUCCUAUUUUAUUUAAAGGCAAUCACGUAAAUUAUUCAAACAAAUAAAUCAUCAAAAUCCUAUUCCAAUCAAUAAAGUCUUGUUCGUAUUAUAUUUAACAAAGUCCUAUUUUACUUAACAAAAUCUUAUUGUACUUACACUCCGAUGUCUCCAUAUUCUAUUUAACAAAGUGAGCAAAAUCCUAUUCUACUUGAAACCAAAAAAAACAAAAUUCAUUUUUAAUAAAAUUAGGACAAGGAGCUCACUGCUUCUAUAAAUACGUUCAUAACAUCCAACUAAUUUAUCUCCUGUUGUCUCAGCAGUUUUUGUCUCUUCCUCAUGUUUUAAGGUAAAGAUUAGGUUUAAUUAAAUAAAUUUUCCAUCGUUACAUAUUCAAAAGAUGUUGAAUUUAAUUGUUAUAUUCAUCUUUAUUAUUUAAACAAAUAUCUUAUUUAUUAUAGCGUUUGAACUCAUUAAAGUGAGGCACACAUGCGAGGCACGUAGACCUAAACUAGUAAAUUCUAAUAGAGGGAACAUUAUAAAAUUACUUAAAGUGAAUGCCAUCUAAAUUUGUAAAUGCAUAAAAUAAAUUCAUAUACAUAUACACUUUCAUAAUUUUUUGUAAGAAUAUCGAAGCGCAAAGUGUUGAAAUAAUGAAUAUACACAGAGUCGAUACUCUUAGAUGUGUGCACUCUCAUUUUCGUGUUCUUUGUACUAAUAAAUCAGCUUUUGUUCCAUGAGUACACUCUUGUGGGUCCAAAAAUAUUUUCAAUUGAAUUCAAGUACUUCUAGAAAAUUUUAGAACUCCCAGACUCCCAGUAUUCUUUCUUAGUUUGAUUUGCCCAUUUUUAACAUUUAAAAUGACUUUGUCAAAGUCUUUCGUAUAUUCGAAAUUGCAAAUGUAGGUGACCGAAAGAAUAAAAAUAAUAAUCAAAUCAAAUCAAAUAAAAGAAGUGUUAGACUUUUUUCUUUUAUUUAUUUCAAUGUUCUGAUUUUCCAUAAACAGCCACUAGCUUUAACCACUACCGCACAUUGUGGCAUAAUUGCUACUCCGUUAGUUUUGAAAUAAGUGAAUUGUUAAGGUAUUUAUUGGUGUUUCAGUGAAUCAUUAAUUUUUUUUCAAAUUUACCCUUAUGAUUUGACAACCAAUUAAUUUUUGAAAAUGUAUUAUAAGGUUAGUUUUUUUUUUUUUGGGGUAAAAAUGAAAAGUUAUGUUAAAUUUAUGUCUUUAAUACUUUUUUCUUAAUCUAUGUGUCAAAAUUCAACAAUUCAUUUAUUAUAAAAUGGAGGAAGUAUUAGUCUAGCUACCAUAUUUAUCUAAAUUUAGGAUGGCUAUUGGCCAAAUAAGAACGUGGCCUAAAGCAAAUUUUAAAGUAAGCUUUAAUUUUUAGGAUUUGAAUUUUUAAAAGAAUAACUAUGCCUAUAAACUAUUAUAGAUAAUAUUUGAAUCGCAUUCUUUAUUAACUAAAUAUCUUGGGUUCGAGACUCGGAAUGAACAGAAAUCUUACUAGAGAUUGCUUUCCUUUUUAAUCGAUGUUGCAAAUCUCAAAAUCGAAUUAAUCAAAAAGUUUGACAAAAAAUAUUGCAUCCCCAAAAUUUUGAGGCAUAGUGACUUGAUCCUCUGGUCGUUGAGGCUUAAUUUUUUUCUUUGAUGUAUUAUAGUUUUCCAAUUUUCUAUAAACACCACUAGCUUUAACCACCACCACCAUAGUUAUCUGAAUUUAGGGUGGCUAAAUAAGAAUGUGGCCCAAACAAAACAAACAUUAACAGUAAACCUUAUUUUCUCGGUUCAAUAUUUUUAAAAGAAUAAUUAAGCCUAUAUAUCUAUUAUAGGUAAAAUUUGAAUCUAAUUUUAAUUAGAGUUCUUGAGUCUGAACUUCAUAAUAGACAAAAGUCUUGCUAGAGGGCAAUUUCCUUUCUAAUCAAUCUUGCAUAUCUUAAAUCAAACUAAUCAAAAAAAUCUGAUGAAAAAUGUUAGGAGAUUCCCCAAAAAUUUGAGGCAUAGUGGCUUGACCCUCUGAUCGUCCUGUCUAAUUUGUAAUCUUUCCCUCAGGUUUGGUCUAAGACACUAACGACCAGUAAACCUUAGAUGUGGAAUGAUCCUAACGACAAAUGUUGAUAAAAUCAGCCUAAAUAAUUAAAUUUGUUCAAUUCGUUUAAAUUUGGGCGGAUUAAUAAUAUACUUAUUUUAUUAAUUAGGCUUAUUUAAACUAGCUUAGUUUAAUCCAUUUUAAAACUGAGCUCAUAAAAAUCUGAAGAAACCUGUGAGAAAUUUUGUCCAAAAAAAAAUAUACUUUUUUGUUUAAUACGUUUUUAUAGUGAUAAUAUAAAGAGAUUUCUUUUAUUAGGAACUCAAGUAAAUUAUAAGAAAACAAACUUUGAAACAAACUUGGCACCUACUAACAACCAUUCCACCGAAUAUAGUGUACACUUUCUACUGUGGAAUGACCCUAAUGACCAUUCCACCAAAUAUUCCCAGUUUACUAGUAUUAUUUUAAAUGUGGAAUGACUAAAGUUACAUAAUACUAUUAUUUUAAAUGUGGAAUGACUCACUAUGAACUUGUCUAGAAAAUGCUCUCCCAAUGCCAUUCCUCUUCCCCUUAUCUAAAUUCCAAAAUUUGUAAAACUUUUUGCAUCUUCCUUUAAACAACCACCCUCUUUCUCACCAUUAUAAAUAGCCAUGCUCAUGCAACUUAAUUUGUAUACCAAACAAAGUUCUAAUAACUCAAAUUUAAAAAAAAAAAAAAACACUUACUCAAACUUUGUGGUCAUUUUUUUCCAAAAUGGUUCAUGAAAAGCAAGUCAUAGAUGAAGUAUCCGGUUGGCUCAGAGUUUUCGACGACGGUUCAGUAGACCGGACAUGGACCGGUCCACCCGAAGUCAAAUUCAUGUCCGAACCAGUUAAACCUCACGACGACUUCAUUGACGGCAUUGCCGUCAAAGAUGUAGUCGCCGACGAUAAAUGCGGCAGCCGUCUACGCAUUUACUUACCUGAACAAAACGGCGGCUCCGUCGAUAAGCUUCCCGUCGUUGUUCACUUCCACGGCGGCGGUUUUUGUAUUAGCCAAGCUGAUUGGUUCAUGUACUAUACUGUUUACACUCGCUUAGCGCGCGUGGCGAACGCCAUCAUCGUCUCCGUCUUCCUCCCUCUUGCUCCUGAACACCGCCUCCCUGCCGCCUGUGACUCCGGUUUCGCCGCCCUUCUUUAUCUCCGGGACCUUUCCCGGCAAAAAAUUAACGAGCCUUGGCUCAGUAACUUCGCAGAUUUCAACCGCGUAUUCCUCAUCGGAGAUAGCUCCGGCGGCAACAUAGUCCAUCAAGUCGCCGCCAGAGCCGGUGAAGAAGACUUAUCUCCGAUGAAACUCGCCGGCGCAAUUCCUAUUCACCCCGGCUUCGUACGGUCUAAGCGAAGCAAAUCGGAGCUAGAACAGGAGCAAACACCGUUUCUAACCCUAGAUAUGGUGGAUAAAUUUCUAGGGUUUGCUUUACCAAUAGGGAGCAAUAAGGAUCAUCCAAUCACAUGUCCGAUGGGCGACGCAGCACCGGCAGUUGAAGAGCUCAAAUUGCCGCCUUAUUUAUACUGUGUGGCGGAUAAAGAUUUGAUAAAAGACACAGAAAUGGAGUUCUACGAAGCUUUGAAAAAGGCGAAAAAGGAUGUGGAAUUAUGUAUCAGCUAUGGCGUUGGACACAGCUUUUAUCUGAACAAAAUUGCAGUCGAAAUGGAUCCAGUUACUGGCUCCGCAACUGAAAAGCUUUUUGAAGCCAUUGCAGAAUUCAUCAGCAAGCAUUAAUUAAUUAGAGAAUGAAGAUUAAUGGAAAUAAUAAGCAUGGGAAUUUACGAGAAUCCUGCAUGAAUAGUGAAUUCUACAUCUGGUUUGUUACGUGCAUGCUUUGAAGAUCUUUGUGUACUGUCUAUCUUAAUCCUUUUUAAUUAUUUUUUAGAAUAAUCUUUUUAAUUAUAAUAUAUUGAGAGAUCAUAUCUUUUGUAAUAUAUAUGUAUUAAUCUUCUAUAGGCAUGAUUAUUACCCUGAA